AUGCUGAGUAUAGGAGUUUGUAUUUCAGUAUACAAAUUAGCUUAUCUAAAGGUAUCGAGCAACGAAUUACUCAACAAUCUUAGAAUAGCAAAAUCUUAUUACCCACAAAAAUCACAAUAUCCUCUAGAAGUAUCAAAAAGUAGUAUCUUAAAGAAAUAUUUUAUUUCUACUAAUACUAACUCCUUAAAUCGUCCUAAAUGGAGAAAUGUGCUAAGUGCUGAUCGCAAAGAAUUUAAUUCAAAGAAACAUAAUCAUCUUAAAAUAGGUAAAAAUUAUAAAAUUGGGGAAAGAUCAUUGUUUGAUAAGUCAUAUGAACCUUUGUUUCAAACGAAAUUAGAAACAAAGGUAUAUUUGAGUAAAAGUGAAAUAAUAAAACUUUUUUUAUACCCAUUAGCAACAAUUGUCAGUGUAUUAUGGAUAUUCUGGUAUAUAAUAAAAUAUUGGUGUAAUAUCAAAGACUUUGAUCAAUUUUUGCGUACUACUAAAUGGCUAUUAAAGAAAAAGCCUAUCCCAAAGGAAUUUAAUACAAUUCAGUAA